AUGUUUGGUAAUAAUAGACCAAUGUUCGGAGGUAGCAAUCUUUCCUUUGGAUCAAAUACUUCAUCCUUCGGAGCACAGCAACCGCAGCAACCGAGCUCCGUUUUCGGGGCUAGUAAUAGUAACAAUAAUAAUAGUAAUAACAAUAUCCCUAACAACAAUGCUCAAUCAGGGUUUGGUGGAUUCAGUUCUACCGCUGGGAGUAAUAAUAGCAGUUUGUUUGGAAAUAACAACAGUACACAAAGCAAUGGAACCUUUGGCCAAUCAAUGGGUACUGCCCAAAAUUCACCAUUUGGCUCUUUAAACUCUUCAAAUACUGGAAACACGAACACUUUUGGAGGAUCCAAUUCAAUGAGCUCUUUCGGUGGGAGUAAUAACGCAUUUAAUAAUAACAACAAUGUUAAUUCCAAUAGUAACAAUAGCACCAAUUCGCCGUUUGGCUUGAACAAACCAAAUACAGGUGGAUCUUUGUUUGGUUCGCAGAACAAUACCAACACAAGGAACUCCAGUCUAUUUGGUGGGCAAAACACGAGUACCACUGGUACAUUUGGAAACACCGGGGCUAGCUUUGGAUCUGGAUUGAACAACAACUCGAGUAUGUUCGGUGCAGGGAACAACCAGCAGAGCAAUACUACUGGUGGUAUGUUUGGCAGCCAACAACCCUCGGCAUUUGGAACGAACAAUCAACAAGGUGGUAUGUUUGGACAACAACCCCAAAACACCAACAAUGCGUUUGGAAGCCAAAACCAAAUAGGAGCAAGCUCGUUCGGAUCAAAACCUGUUGGCUCAGGAUCAUUGUUUGGUCAAAGUAAUAACGCCCUUGGAAACACAAACACUACUAGCAAUGGAUUGUUUGGCCAAACCAAUGUCAAUAAUCAAACCAACACUAAUGGCGGACUUUUUGGACAAAACACUAUGACUAAUAACACACAAGGAAUGUUUGGGCAAAACAACAAUCAAAUGCAAAUGAACAGCAACAAUACCAACAACAACACCAAUAGUUUAUUUGGAAAAGGAAACACUACUACUAGUUUUGGUCAGCAACCAAGCAACAACACAGGCUCUUUAUUCGGGAACAAACCAUCCGGUGGACUAUUUGGUCAACAAAAGACUACUAAUGCCUUCCCGAAUUCUACACCAGGAGGUCAAUUUGGGCAAAAUAACCAACAGCAAGGAUCUGGUCUAUUCGGUCAAGGUCCCCAGACAAACAGUAAUGGUGGGCUGUUUGGACAGAAUAACCAACAGCAGCAACAGCCCCCCAAUGCAUUUGGUCAAAACAAUACAGGGCCAGGUCUUUUUGGACAGAACAGUCAGCAGCAACAGCAACCAGCGGGCCUGUUUGGGGCCAAGCCAGCAGCUCCAGCUGGGUCUCUCUUUGGAGGUAAUUCUUCAAACCAACCAGGCUCACUAUUUGGCACUACCAACGCAUCUGCCUCAAAUACGCAAGCACAACAAGGAAACAGUUUAUUUGGUGGAGCCAAGCCAGCCGCAAACAUGUCAUUUGGAACAAAUUCUAGUGUCAAUCAACCGGGAGGCGGGGGCAGCCUAUUUGGAGCUAAGCCUGCUUCCACCACCGGGUCAUUAUUCGGGAAUAAUACAGCCUCUACGACAGCACCUCCCACAGGGGGUCUCUUCGGAAAUAGCACUAAUAAUCCAAGCAAUACUGCAAAUACAAGCCUUUUCGGUGCGAAGACUGAAUCUCAGACGAAACCAGGAUUGGGAGGAGGAUUAUUCGGUAGUUUGAAUUCUAAUCCUUUGUCAGUUGGCCAAAAUAAACCAGCUUUUGGAAACACAAAUCAAAACACUGGGCUUUUUUCAGCUACUAACACAAAUUCUUCCACUACUGCUCCAACUGGUGGGCUUUUUGGGGCAAAUAAUAGCACUUUUGGUAAAGAUGCACAAAACGGACCACCUGCUAACGGUUUCUCUCAGAACUCAACUAUGGGCAGCACAGGACUUCCUUCCUUACAAGAAUCGGCCACAACUAAUGAUGAACAGCUUUUCUCGAAGGUCAUAAUUCCCAACUCAAUUACGAAUCCGGUCAAGGCAACUGCCUCAAAACUGAAUGCUGAUAUGAAAAGAAAUAAUAGCCUCACGAGUGCUUAUAGAUUAGCUCCAAAGCCGCUAUUUGCUGCGUCUUCUGGUAAUAGCACUAUGUUUCAAAAGUGGGGAAAGAUAACAGAAAAAGGUAGCGGAGACAACGGAACUGGCAAGACCUUUACGGAGCCUGAGUCUAACUAUUCCUCUUCGAGUGAUUUGUUGUUUUACCCCGAUAAGAGGUAUUUGAAGCAUUUGGUAAUUAAAAACAACAAAAGCACAAGUGUCGUAGAUUCCAAUGAUGGUGAAACAAACAAAGUAAAACUGGUGACUUUUACAACAGAAAAAGUUUCUGAAAACAAGCAAGAUGUUUCAAGCCCUACGCAUCUAAAUACAGCAGACAAAACUGAUUCUUCCCAUACCAUCCAAAUGGAGACCGUUAACAAAAGUAUUCCUGAUGUUCAAUCGAAAAUAUCAAAUGGUCCUGUCUCCGUUCCAACUACUGAGAGUGAAAAGACCGAUAUCAAAGUGCCAGGUCUACUAAGCAAUGACGUCACUUUUUUCCAAAAUAAUUACUAUAUUUCACCAUCAAUGGAAACGCUUGGCAAUAGAUCAUUGAUCGAACUUCGUAAGAUAAACAAUUUAAUAAUUGGCCACAGGGAGUAUGGUAAAGUCGAAUUCCUAGAACCGGUUGAUUUGUCUAAUACACCCUUAGAUACUUUGUGUGAUGAUAUAGUUGUUUUCGGAUUAAAAUCAUGCUCAAUAUAUGAGAACUGUUCCAUGAAACCGAAAAAAGGCGAAGGUAUCAAUGUACGUUGCAGAGUUACUUUGUACUCCUGCUUCCCUAUUGAUAAGGAAACAAGGAACCCUAUAAAAAACCUACAACAUCCUCUUUUGAAAAGAAGCAUUGCUAAACUAAAAGAAAAUCCAGUUUACAAGUUCGAAAGCUAUGAUCCCGUAACAGGCACUUAUAGUUAUACUGUGGACUCGCCAAUUUUGCCUUAG